CGUUAGCAGGUGCAUCAGUUGACAAUCCUGGACCGAGACCAGGCACCUGAGAUGAUCGUGCUACAGGCUGGUGCCUCGUCCUGUGGGUGGAAGAUUCCUUCUCCAAAAAGAUUACAUUCUAACUGUUGGCAUUUGAGGAGACUCCAGAGAGAGAAAAGGAAAGGAACAUAGGCAUAGACAUGCUUCUGCGGCCUCUUGGAGCAGGCUACCAGGAUGGCCAUGGGUGUGCGGGAACAGUAUGAGCCUGUGGCUGAGAUUGGCAUCGGGGCCUAUGGCACUGUCUUCAAGGCCCGUGACCUGCAGAGCGGCAAAUUUGUGGCCCUCAAGAACGUGCGGGUGCAGAACAGCGAGAACGGGUUGCCGCUGUCGACGGUCCGCGAAGUAGCCCUGCUGAAACGCCUGGAGCACUUCGACCAUCCCAACAUUGUGCGGCUAAUGGAUGUGUGCACGACAACACGGACCGAACGCGAGACCAAAGUGACGCUCGUCUUUGAGCACGUGGAUCAGGAUCUGAAAGCGUAUUUGGAAAAAACACCACCUCCUGGAGUACCUGUGGAGGUAAUCAAGGACAUGAUGCAUCAAUUCUUGAGUGGCUUGGAUUUCUUGCAUUCAAACUGCAUUGUCCAUCGUGACCUCAAGCCAGAGAAUAUCCUCGUGACCAGCUCUGGUCAAGUCAAGCUGGCUGACUUUGGCCUGGCUCGGAUCUACAGCUGCCAGAUGGCUCUGACACCACUGGUUGUCACCCUCUGGUACCGUGCUCCAGAAGUGCUGCUGCAGUCCACCUACGCUACCCCUGUGGAUUUGUGGAGCGUCGGCUGCAUCUUCGCAGAGAUGUUUCGAAGGAAGCCUCUCUUCUGUGGCAACUCCGAAGCUGAUCAGCUGGGCAAGAUCUUUGAUCUGAUUGGGCUCCCCUCUGAGGAGGACUGGCCGCUGGAUGUGUCUCUGCCACGCUGCGCCUUUGCUGCCCGCUCCCCGCAGCCCGUUGAGAAGUUUGUGCCAGAAAUAGAACCCUCGGGGGCUCAGCUGCUUCUGGAAAUGCUGACAUUCAACCCAUUCAAACGUAUCUCUGCCUUCAAAGCGCUGCAUCACCAGUACUUUCAGGACAAGAGCGCAGGUGAAGGGUAGCAUCCCAGCACAUCCCUUGCGUGGGGGGAGGGAAAAGACUAUAUAAAAGACUUUGCGUGUGUAUGAGGAUAAUUUGCACCCCACCAAGAGGCUGCCAUCAAACCAGUCUCCCAAGUCCUCCUGGCUGUGCUGGGAUUGAAAGGGCAAGGGAGGGAACGGAGCCAUCGCCACAUGCAGGAAGAACAUGAAGAAGGUGCAUGUUGCAGCAAGUCCCAACGUUGAACUCCUUCCCACCUUGGAAAUGCUAGGACUCUAGUGGUGUCUCUGUGCAACCAUGCACACACAUUCUAUGUUCCUGGGUUGAUCCCCAGAGGUGUUCUUGAAGGUCAGUUUGUGUUUGGGAGAGCCCAGCUUUGAGGCAUCUCGCUCAGUCGUCUGUGGGUUCUUUGCCAAAGGUCUCUCUUUGAUCACCUUUUUUAAAAAAUUAUUUUUUAAUAACAGUUUACACACAAUAAUGUUGCUGCCUUAUCACCACCUUGUGGCUAACAGUUUGACACUAAAGCCUCGCCUUAGCUUGUUACAGAGCUCCAUGAAAAUUGGAGCAAAGGAUAUUUUUGUAUAAGUAUUCACAAUUCAUUUUUUGUUUUGAAUUGCCAAGACACUGGUCAGGACAGACCUAAGUUAUUGGAUAUCUUGCCAUGGGAGAGCUGCUCAGAUGGAGAUCAGUUGCAUCUGUUUGAUUCUAGUCACUGAUGUGAAACUUUAAAAAGAAAAUCCUUCUAAAAAUGAUAAAAUUUCAAUAAAGAAUGUGGGUGGGGGAGCCAGACAAGUAUGGCCUGGUCUUUCCCCUUUUCUUGUCCCUUGAAAAUGUCUCGUGUUGUGAUUAGUAUUAGUAAAUGCUACAAGAAGUCUG